GACGGGUAAAGAUUUGAGGAGAGGGUGAUGUUUCUUUGCAUUCUCAGGUCUCGAGACAUCUGGACCGUCUCAAGAAAAGUUCCAAGUGAAAUAUCGCGAAAGUUGCGGAAUUCCACUCGUAAAUACGGGUGAGAACGGAACAACGAAGACGUCGUGAGUCAAUGUUUUUCUUGUACUAUAUGUCAGGAAUCUGUAUAAAAAAGACAUCCGACCUUUAUCAUUAUAGAGUAUCAACUCUCGAGAAAGAAAAAUAAGAUAGAUGCCUCUUUCCAUGUUGUCUGUUUCGAAAUUGCUUGUGCCUACAACUGUUGCGGGGUUGGGUAUGAUUUUAUAUCUUCAAGAUCACCCGUUGUCGACCGCAAAGACGGCCACAAUAACAUCAUAUCAACAAUUAUCACCCUCAUUUGCCAGGAGCUCGCAAUCGUUCUCUUCGAUAAUUAACCCCAGGAACCAUAUCAAUAUUGCAGAUUCUUACAAAAUUUGGUUAUCUAAAGCCGACAUUCGAAAUAGGAGUGACGAAGAAAUCUUGGCAACAUUUACCCACGGAUUCUUCGCAGGUUGGGUUUUUACCCCCGAAAGAUAUCUCAUAGCAUCAUUGAGAUCUCUGGGUAUGAAGUUUAUACCUUGUGGGUAUUCAAGAAUGUCUCCAGGACCAAUAUUAGAGUUAGAGUCAUUAUCCGACAAAACACUACCCCCAAAAGGCUCGCUUCUUUUUGGCGGUAAUUUUAUGGUUCUAUUUACCAAGACCGAUGGCGAUACACGUCGAAAUUCUCCCAGUUGCGUUGAGAUUGGAUAUGGAGAUGACCGGAAGCAAUUUUCGGGGAUGCAUAGUUUUGAGCUCAUUCAUGAAAGGGAUGGAGCGAUAAUUUGGUAUUCCAGUGUAUCAUGCAACCCAACCGUUAACAAGAGACCAUUUCCAGAUUGGGUAUUUACUUUCCAUAGAUGGUACGCAAGAACCUUGUUUCGGGAUGGAGUUGCGGCAAUUUUGGCGACAGAAUGAAUGGAAGGGUAUCAAUUGCAAACAGUACCUGGUAUGCAAGAAAGGGAAGGGACAACCCACCAGCAUGUAUUAGUCCUGCAAGCCUCAUCAGAUCCACGAUAUAUCUAUUGUUUAGGCAGUCACUCUUCAAUCUCAAUCACA